UUCCCAAGUCUGUGCAUGAGAGGGAGAGAAGGAAAACCCAGAAGGAAGUGGCUUGGCCUCAACAGACUCUUUUUGCUCCCAAAGCCUUUUUCCUCUGACUCGGCUUAGACUGUUCCUCUAAAAGGAGACCCCCAGACUCAGAGAGAACUCCCACCUGCCCUCGGAGGCCGAAUGCCAAGCAGCCACACCUGUUCUGAAGCCCUUCCAUGAAUCCCCGGAAGAAGGUGGACCUGAAGCUCAUCAUCAUCGGAGCCCUGGGUGUAGGAAAGACCUCCCUCCUCCACCAAUAUGUGCACAAGACAUUUUAUGAGGACUACCAGACCACACUGGGGGCCAGCAUCCUCUCCAAGAUUAUCAUACUGGAUGACACAACUUUGAAGCUACAGAUCUGGGACACAGGAGGACAGGAGCGAUUCCGCUCCAUGGUGUCCACAUUCUACAAAGGCUCCGAUGGCUGCAUCCUGGCUUUCGAUGUCACUGACCUGGAGUCCUUUGAAGCCCUGAAUACCUGGCGGGGUGAUGUUCUGGCCAAAAUCAUUCCGGUGGAGCAGUCCUACCCCAUGGUGGUGCUGGGGAACAAGAUUGAUCUGGCGGACCGGCAGGUGUCACGGGAGGUAGCCCAAGGCUGGUGUAAAGAAAAGGAUAUUCCCUACUUUGAAGUCAGUGCCAAGAAUGACAUCAAUGUGGUACAAGCCUUUGAGACGCUGGCCGGUCAAGCUCUGUCAAGGUAUCGAAGCAUCUUAGAGAAUUACCUCACAGACUCCAUCAAGCUCUCACCGGGAGACCAACCCAGGAGUAGAUGCUGCUGAUCUUCAGACUCUCACUUUGGACACCCAGAGACAUAGUGUGCCCUGGGCCUGGUCAUCCCAGGCCCUCGCCAGCCCCAGUGCUGGCCCAGGCCCAGCCCAAGCAGCCUGGGCUCUACGGCAGAGCGCUUGAUCCCCUCACGUCUGUGCUAGGCACAGAGUUAGAGGGUAGCCCCUGCCUCGGGCUGAGUGUAAUAAGGACAGGGCUGAGCCCUCAGGGGUCCGGAUGAAACUCAGAACGUCACAGUUCAAUCCAGGCCUGGAAGAGACAUUGUUCCCUCUCUGGCUCCAGCUUUCCCGCCAUUCACUCUCCCUGAACCCACUCCUACUUCAGAAGGCUCAUCUCUGCAGAGAGACAGGCCACUAUCUCUGGAGUCCUGUGGACCGGCCUUCCUGGCCCAUGCCACCACGCACCCACAAAGUCACAGCACAGCUCUGGACAAGGGUACUGCUCAACCUCCCUGAGUAAUCCGGACCCGAGAGUGAGGGCCUGAACCUCACAUGAGGGCCUGCCUCACCCCGUGGCACAGCUGUCCAGUCCUGUCCCCUCCAGAGUAUAAGACUGAGGAGGUCCAGGAAAAGCCACCAGGGGUGGCUCAUUCCUCCUUGCUUGGUGCUCAGGCAUCACCCAUAAACCUCUGUCAAAUGAGGGUGGUGUGUGCCCUGCCCACAUCAGAGUGUGGUUUUUGAGGACCAGAAGCUCUGCUGAAACCUCAGUUGCUCUUGCUGAUAUGCAUUUAUUUAUGCCUUCAACAAGUAUUUUUCAGUAUCUAUUACAUAUGAUGCACUGAGGUCCAGUGGCAAACAAAACGGACAAAGACUCUACUCUCCUGGCCCCUACAUUCCGGUGAGGGAGAGUCAACAGACAAAAUUUACAGAUAUUUUCAAAUAGCAAGCAUGUGAUUGAACAAAAUGGAACAAGGUGAUGGGAUAGAGAGGGAUAGGGGCUGGGGCUGGGUACUGUUCCAGACAAAGUGGUCCAGAAGGGCUGCCCUGAGGAAGUCCCAUUUGGCCGGAGGGCUAGAGAAUGAGAAAGGGGCUGCCACCUGGAAUCUGGAAGAAGAGCAUUCCAGGGAAAGACAGCAGCAAGGGCCGAGGCCCCAAGGGAAGGACAAAAUUGCUGUGUUCUAGCAACAGUGAAAAGACAUUCAUUUACCUGAGGACUCAAAGCUUUCGUCCCAGAGACAGCAAAGGGGACCCUGCCUCUGGACGGCCCCUUGAUCCUCUGCCAAAUGGCCACCAGAGGGCAGCAGUUCUCUUCCCUUUUUGGCUGAGCGGAACGUGUUCGCUCCAAGGACACUUGAAGAGCGGCUGAUGCUCUAAGCUUGUUCACAGCCUCUGGGCACGAUCAGUGCUUCGAGUGAGGCAAGAGAAUCUCAAUUUCUUAAGUUUAGUAAGAAAUGGGCAAAAAUUGCAACAUCAGUGAUUCAGACAAGAAAUCUACAUCGAUGACAAAUACCAGAAUGAGGGGCCUGGAGAGCCCAUGGAUUCUCUGUCCCUGCAGACUCUAAGGCCGUAAUCUUUUCCUUCUGGCUUCAGACACCAUAGAUAGUGCACGGCCUGAAGGGGGCGCACAAGAUGACCUCUCAGGGCCUCUAUGGCCACACAAGUCUCCUGUCUACUUACAUAGUACCUUCCUGAGCUCAGAGCUGGGGGCGUUAGUCCAAGACUUCUGAGCAUCAGCUGACUCUGAGAUAGCCCCGAGGAAGGGGGGAAGUGGGGGAGGAGGGACAGGGAGGGAGUUUGGGGGCUUCUUCUCCCCACCUGUGGACUAAGAACUGGCCUGUCCUGAGCAGCAACAUGGACCUGGCACGGGAGCAGGUGGCCCAGAGCGCAGCUCCGUGCAUCAUUGUGCACAUGGCCCGAGCUCUCCUGGGAGUCAGUUGGACUGAGGGUUGGACGUUUGGGGUGCGGGUGUGUAUGCAGCAGCUCAUGCACCACAAUGGACAUGUGGACCAUUUCUAAAUGUGAGCAACAAAUAAUAAAUGUGUCCUUUGUUUUUA